AUGGUGGUACAUCUUGGUGGCCUUGCGUCCGUCGUUGUUUUUUAUGUUCUCAUAUUGCUUGUCGGAAUAUGGGCCGGACGAAAACAAAAAUCCUCCGAAAAAUCACCCGAUACAGAGGAGAUCAUGCUAGCUGGCAGAAAUAUUGGUUUACUGGUUGGAAUAUUUACAAUGACAGCAACAUGGGUUGGUGGAGCAUAUAUUAAUGGCACGGCUGAACAAGUUUUUUCGACAGGUCUUCUUGCAUGUCAAGCACCAUUAGGUUAUGCUAUUAGUUUAGUUGUUGGCGGCUUAUUAUUUGCACGACCUAUGCGUAAUGCUGGAUAUGUUACCAUGCUUGAUCCAUUUCAACGUAAAUAUGGCCAACGAAUGGGUGGAUUACUAUUUAUACCGGCAUUAUUAGGAGAAGUAUUUUGGUCAGCAGCUAUUCUAUCAGCAUUAGGAGCAACAAUUAGUGUUAUUUUUACGGAUGUUUCAACCGUAGCAUCAAUUAUUAUCUCAGCCACUGUAGUUAUUAUUUAUACACUAUUCGGCGGAUUGUAUUCGGUAGCUUAUACAGAUGUUGUUCAAUUGGGAUUUAUUUUUGUUGGUCUUUGGGUUACGAUUCCGUUUGCUAUGCAACAUGUAGGUGUUGGCGAUAUUGUUGCUACAUGGCCUGAAUGGCGUGGACAUAUUGAAAAAUCUCAAAUUGUUGAAUGGAUUGAUAGUAUGUUAUUAUUAGUCUUUGGUGGAAUACCAUGGCAGGUCUAUUUCCAACGUGUUCUAUCAGCUAAAACAGCUAGCAAAGCGAUGUUUCUGUCAUUUUAUGCUGCUAUUGGUUGCAUUGUAUUGGCCAUACCACCUGUCUUAAUUGGAGCUAUUGCUAAAUCUACAAAUUGGACAAUGACAGAUUACGAUGUCGAGAAAGAUAUAACAUCACCGGAAGCAACGAAAUUAAUUCUACCAUUAGUUCUUCUACAUUUAUGUCCAAAAUUUGUUGCGUUCAUUGGAUUAGGUGCUGUUUCUGCUGCGGUUAUGUCUAGUGCAGAUUCUAGUGUACUGAGCGCAAGUUCAAUGUUUGCCCGAAAUGUAUGGAAACUUGUUUUUCGUGAUCAAGCAUCUGAACGAGAAGUUUUGCUUGUAAUGCGUAUCGGAAUACUUUUGGUUGGAAUUGGAGCUGCUGGAAUCGGCAUUCUUGUAUCGUCAAUUUAUGUUCUUUGGUAUUUAUGUUCGGAUCUUGUUUAUGUCAUACUGUUUCCGCAAUUACUUUGUGUUGUUUAUGUACCAAAUUCAAAUACUUAUGGUUCAUUAGCAGCAUAUAUAACAGGUUUUCUUUUUCGUUUUCUGAUUGGUGAAUCCUCAUUAGGUAUUCCAAAAUUUAUUAAUUUUGGUCCAUAUAUUCCACCAAAAACGUUAUGCAUGCUUAUAAGUCUUUCAACAACAUUGAUCAUUUCUUAUACAGCUAAAUAUGUUUUGGAGAAACGUAUUUUACCACCUAAAUAUGAUAUAUUUCAUUGUCUGGUCGAUAUACCAAAUGAAAUUUUACCAUUAAAAGAAAGUGCAACAACCGAAGAAUUACAAUAUAAAGUUAUUCGACCAACAACAGGACAACAAUAUUUAACUGAGCCAGCAAUGAUGAUCAAUAGCUCGUUUUCUGAAAGUCAAGAAGUUUUAAGUUCUUAUGCAAGAAAUUAA